AUGGUAUCGUCCAAGUUCCAACGUCAUGUUCACACCUAUCGUAUUCUUCCUGACGCAGAUGGUCUUCUAGCAGUUCAGACAACACAAGGGGUGCAGGUGAAUUGUUUCCGGACACUGGAGGACUUGGUGUUGGGGUACCAGCAACCCCACAAAGGCCUGGUCACUCCUCUGCUGUAUCCUGUACCCCGCGAUACGGAGAGUGGUGACGAGAGCUCAGAUGAUGAGAAGCCAACUUCUGCUCCAGCGUCUGUCGGCACGGUACCUUUCAUAGGCUCCCCAGCAAAAGCAGCCCCUCAUGCCCUGUUUCUCGAUAAGUUGCAAGAUCUAAACACAUCCAGUACUGCGGGUGAUGUGAUUGGCCUGUUGAAUGACUACCUCUUCAGUGAGCUUCCUCUUGACAUUGAGAAUGUGCAUAAAGGGGCAACAACACUAUGCCACCUCAAACGCACUCUGGGUGCUGCCUGCCAAGGCCUCAACAGGUUAGCAUCCUUUCAACACUUGAUUUCAGCACAGGGUUCAGAGAUGGAUAUAGAGAAUCUGUUGUGUAAGAUCUCAGCUUUGGUCAGUCUCCUUUCUUCUUUGGAGAAAAAGGUAUUAAAAGCUUUACAAGAUGCUGUGACUAAUCACAACCUGGCAGUGCAGCCCAACCCACCCCCUCCUGAACCAUCACCGACCUGUGUAACCCCCGCAAAGAGCAAUGCCCGGCAGCUGCCAGUCUACUCCUUUCAGGUGAAGAUGUUGAGGUAUGGCAGACAAACUGUUUCUGUGGAUGUGGACGCAGGAGUGUUGCUUUUUGACAAGAAGACUGGCUCAUUUGGUAUAGAAAGAGUCUCACAUGACAGAAUCCUUCAGAUUGUCAAGUUUCAGAGCAGUCCAGCCAAGGUACGCAUGAUGGUUGACAGCCACCACAGCACACCGCGGGAGAUGACGUUUGAGAGUGCACGGAAAUGCGAUGCGUUCUGCCAGCUCCUCCAGCUGAUGAAAACCAGGCACUCUCAGCGGAGUGAACCUGAUGUGAUCUCCGUUUUUGUUGGCACCUGGAAUAUGGGUGGCUCCCCUCCUCCUCGAAGUCUACAGUCGUGGGUGACCUGCUGCGGUCUGGGACACACCCCUGAUGACUCAACCGCCUUGCUUCCUCAUGACAUCUAUGCCUUAGGGACUCAGGAAAACCCCCAGGGGGAAAGAGAGUGGACAGAUCACAUCAAAGCAACCCUUCGCAGCUAUACUCACAUUGAUUUCAAACAAGUGGCAGUGCAGUCCCUCUGGAAUAUAAGGCUGGCCGUGUUUGUAAAGCCUGAGCAUGAGAGUCGCAUCAGCCAUGUGAACACAGCCAGCGUGAAGACUGGCUUGGGGAACACAUUGGGUAACAAGGGAGCUGUUGGGGUCUCCUUCCACUUCAGUGGAACGUCCUUUGGGUUCGUCAAUUGCCACCUGACGUCUGGAAGUGACAAAGUCCUGAGGAGGAACCAGAACUUUGUGGACAUCCUCAGGCUGCUGUCUCUGGGUGACAAACAGCUCUUUGCUUUUGACAUAAGCCUGCGCUUCACCCAUCUCUUCUGGUGUGGAGACCUCAACUACAGGCUUGACCUGGACGUACAGGACAUCCUGAAGCAUGUAUCCAAAAGGGAAUUUGAGGAGCUAAUGUGUGCCGACCAGCUGACCCAAGAGAGACACAAAAGGAAAGCCUUUCUCUAUUUCAAGGAAGAGAAGAUAGUGCGAGUCAAUGUACCAUCAUGGUGUGACAGGAUUCUGUGGAAGUCCUACCCAGAGACGCACAUCACCUGCACUGCAUACGGUUGCACAGAUGACAUCUUCACAAGUGAUCAUUCACCUGUUUUUGCCACAUAUCAAGUGGGAGUGACAUCACAGUCCACCUCCAAAACAGAUUCAAAUUCCAGCACGGAGAGGGCCUGGAUUAUUCUCGAAGGUAUUGAGGCGAUUGUGAAGACGGCGAGCAAGGCAAAGUUCUUCAUUGAAUUUCAUUCCUUGUGCCUCGAAGAGACGCGACGUUCAAGCGAGAAUGACUCACAGAGCUGUGACGUUCCUGGGUUUCUCAAACUCGCCUGGUCCUUCAAACAACUACCAAAGCUCCUUCCAAUUAUGUCUGAGAUGGAUCAUCUUCAAGAUCAACACAUGCUGCUGUCUGUGAAGUCAUGUGAUGGGUUUGAAUCAUACGGUGAAUGCUGUGUGGCUCUGCGCUCCGUUACCGGUGCAUCCGACCAGUUUGAGACUUUUCUGAGUCACCGAGGUGAGGAAAUGGGCUCCAUACGCGGACGUGUCAGAGUUCACGUGCCCAAGGACAAGCAAGCAACGCGGGAGAAGAUCUAUGAGUGCUUCAGUAUUGAGAAAGAUCAUAAAGGCUCUGGUAGGGGACACAUGUCUCCUGCAGUGACACGGAUCCCUGUAACCAGGUCCUCAGCUGCUCCCGCCAAACUAAAUCCAAGCAGCUACACCAAUCCCGCUUACUACAUCUUUGAAGGCGUGUCCGUGCCACAUAGGGUGGAAGAUGUGCUUCCCCAUCGAAGGGAUCCUCAGGUGAUCUGGUCUGGUAAUGAGGCUUUGCAGCUCCCAAAAGUCUCAGGGAGGCAUGGCUUUGACAGCAGACCUGGCCGCAGAUCAGACUUUACAGAAAUUGAAAUUCCAGCCAUGCUGUCCCAGUAUUUGACAACCAGUGACCUUCAUGCAUCCCAAUCCCAUUCUUCUUAUCAACUCUUUCCAGCCAAAACCCCGUCUCCCAUUCCUCCACCGUCACGUAAAGCCAUUUCACAUUGCCAAGAACAGACUUCACCACCCACAGGCAAAUAUCAAAGUAAAAAUAUUGUUCAGGACUCCCUACAGCCUGAGGUCAGUGUAAAGAACUUGUAUAUGAAUCACUCAGCAAUCAUGAGGGAAAAGGUGAGAAGGGAUCAACAUCAGCUUCUUCCAGAAAGGACCAACCCUAUCAAAGCAGCUAAGGCACCAUCAGCUCUCCCCUACACUCGCACACACUGUCAGGCCACUGCUUCCUGGAUAGUGAAUCAUCAGCCCCCUGGACCUACAGGAGACAACUCACUCACUGCUUUGCAAAUUGCCAAGUCCCUCAGCGAAGUCGACUUUUUCCCCAUAGAGCAGAGAGGCCCAUCUAUACCCUACCAGAGGACAAAUUAUAGAAAUGGCCCUUCCAUGCAUGGAGAUAGAGGAUGCAGCUGGGAGAAAGAGGUGUCAACCCUGCAAGGCGCACCGGAGACUGUGCAGGAACUUCUUAGUACUCUGGGCCUUCAAAAAUACACCCUGGGACUUAGCCUCAAUGGUUGGGAUGAUCUGGAUUAUUUCAGUGGCAUCACUGAGGAGGAUCUGUGCGCUGCGGGAGUAAUGAAUGCUUCACACCGACGCAGGAUUCUCGAGAAUCUGCCCAGGACCUGGAACUGAAAUAGAGAAACGGGCAACAUGAAUGGUACAAAAUAUCAUAAUUCACUCAGUUACAACUGGAAGAACUGUUAGAAGUAAACGUAAGACAAGGCUGCCAGCUGGACAUUACUACAGCCCUGUCAACUUUUCAUUUAUCACAUCAGUACUGUAACAAUAGAUUGUGUGUGUCAGCACAGCAAAGAGAACACAGGAAGCAUGCGUUGCACAAUCUAUCCAUGUUGCCAGAGCGUGAUGUUAUCCAUGGAAGUCGUUGGUAGGCAUUUCUCAUUACUGACGCGUAUACAAAUAUUGCUUUGUGGUAUUAAGGUCUCAUUGAUUUUAUUGUCAGUGAAUUCUAAAUGACUAUAAUAUUAUAGUCUUUCAAUUUCCAGUGUUCAUAAAAGGUUAUUGUUUUAUUUUCCACUUUCAUCCCUUCUGCUGUCUGUUUCCAUUACACUGCUAUUAAUGAGCCUGGGCCUGAGCUUUUAAAAGCAUCUCUAUUAAACCCACGAAGCAUAAAAUCUAUCUGUAUCUACUGGAAGUUCAUCUGGAAAGCUGAUACAAAAAGGCCUGCCGUAUGUCAUUUUGUUUACUGUCCUAUACUGUUAUUAUCCUGCCACUUAAUCUGUAAUAUGCCCACUGUGCAUGGUUCAUGCAGUUUUUAUAAAGUGGAUAAAGCAACUCUUGACUAUCA